AUGUCUGUUGGCGCGAUAACAACCGCGACUGCUGGGAGUACCUCGCAAGCACAACCCGUACCGAGCAUUGCACCAAGCACUGAGACCAUCCCGUUCGCAUCAGCGGUACAGAUCGAGGCUUCUGCCUCAAUGGAAUCUCAACGACUUGCGAGCAUUCCUGCAAUUCCUCUUCCUACCAAUACCACACAAUAUCCUCAGUACCAGGCUGCCCGCAAGAUUGCCCCAGUCAUGCCCCCAGUCCAAGCGGGUGUCAAAUUUCCUGAGAGACCAGACAUGGUGGCAAAUUUGACUCCUUCAUUCAAUACCUCUACCUUCGAACAAUCCCAUUUUAAGCGUCAAGCCUCUUCCACGCGGGUACUGGUCGUCGGUGACUCUAUCACUCAAGGUCAGCAAGGGGACUACACAUGGCGCUACCGCAUCUGGCAAUGGUUCCAAUCGAGCGGCAUUCCUGUUCAGAUGGUGGGUCCCUACAAAGGAACAAAAUCCCCUCCACCACCACGGCCCCCGCAGCCUCCACCGUUGUACGGCGCACCCGCAGAUACUUCUUUCACCACCGACGGUGGGUACGCGGCAGGCGUUGAUUCCGAAUUCCUUUCGCAAAGCAACCACUUCGCCGUCUGGGGUCGAGCAGCUGCCGUAGACAAAGCCCUUAUCGCAGGGGUCCUGCAGCAGAAUCCAGCGGACCUCAUGCUUCUCUUCCUGGGCUUCAACGAUUUGGGCUGGUUCUACAGCGACGUCGCUGGCACCCUUGCUAGUAUCCAGACUCUGAUUACAAACGCGCGAUCAGUCAACCCGAGUCUGAAAUUUGCGGUAGCGAAUAUACCUCAUCGCACACACAUUGGAGGACGCGAUGACCUGGUCUCAGGCACUGAUUUGUACAAUGGUCAGCUCCCUGGGCUUCUGUCGAGAAUGUCUACGACGCAGUCCCCCAUCCAUCUAGUCGACAUCGCAGGAAAUUAUGACUGCCAGGACGAUGGUUGCCCUGCCGGUAAGUGA